AUGGACGGCUUGGGGGACGGCGACGGCUUAGGCUUUGAUCCGCCCACGAUGAUGAACCAAACCCCACAACUCUACGGCUAUGAUAACCCUCAAAUGCAAGCGGGAUCUAUGUACGAUGAUUCGUCAAUGGGCGCCGGGGACGAGACCAACGAUGCGAAGCGGCGGAGGAUCGCAAGGGCGUGCGAUAUGUGCCGGAAGAAGAAGAUCAAAUGCGAUGGUAAAAUGCCGAAAUGUUCACAUUGCAUCAACUACAAGACGGAAUGCAUCUUUACCCAAGUGGAGAAGAAGCGGAAUCCCCCCAAAGGAGCGAAAUAUAUCGAAGGCCUCGAAAACCGCCUAGGGCGCAUGGAGUCGCUGUUGCGUUUGUCGGGUCUGUUGUCAGAGGAUGAUGGCGGCAAGACAGAUCUUGGGACAUUAGAGAAACGGCUCGCCGAUCGUUCAAAUGCCUUGAAUGCAGCGAAAACCCCGAAUAGAUCCGUGGCUCAAGUAGCCCAACAAGCCCCCAGCUCUCAUCAAACCACGCCUCGUAUGGACUCCAUCUCCAGCCCUCAAACGGCCGCUACAUCACCGGAAUCACAAAAGUCGGAGACUGAGGUUGAGGCACUGUCGGAUAUGAUGUGCUCUCUAGUGACAAAUAACUGCGGCGAGACCCGGUAUAUUGGAUCAUCAUCGGGAUUCUCCAUAUUCUCUCCAAAGGGUAUCCAAUGGGUCAAUGAGAAAACCGGCGAUACUUCCUUCCAGGAUAUGAUCUCGUCAGCCUACGUGGAUGACAAUAAAUGGAUGUACUGGAAGCCCGAGAUCUUCAGCGAUAUCUUCGCAAGGCGCGUGUUCAAGCCUCUUCCGCCGAAGGAGGAAGCUCUUUCUCUCUUCAAGGACUUCUUCGAGAACUUCAAUUGCGUGUUUCCACUUUUCCACGAAGCGACGUUUAUGCACUUGGUGGAGCGGCAAUACUCGCGUGAUCCAUAUGAGGGCUCGGGCUGGUGGGCAAGUAUCAAUGUUGCCUUGGCCAUUUCCCACAGACUUCGGGUCAUGAGCAACUUGGUGCCACACGAAGAAGACAAAAAAGCAUGGCUUUAUCUGAAGAAUGCCAUGGGUGUUCUAACCGAACUCACCAUGCGUAAUACUGAUCUCUUGAGCGUGCAAGCGCUAUUGGGCAUGUCUCUUUUCCUUCAAGGAACCCCUAACCCACAACCUGCUUUCUUCCUAGUCGCUGCCGCCAUUCGACUCUCCCACAGUAUUGGGUUACAUAAACGUGGUUCUGGCUUUGGUCUUAACCCUGCAGAAGUUGAGCAACGGAAGAGAGUCUUCUGGAUCGCCUAUCUUCUUGACAAAGACAUCUGUCUACGUUCUGGUCGACCACCAGUACAAGAUGAUGAUGAUAUGAACGUCGAGUUACCAAGCGAGGACCCGCCAGAUAACGUUGGAAAUGUGCCCCUAUCCGACGGUAAAAGCCAGUUCAACCUCUUCCGCUCGUUGUGUGAGUUCGCUACCAUCGAAAGCCGGGUAUAUAAGCGACUCUACUCCGCCAAAGCAUCGAAACAAUCUGAUGGUGAACUGCUCAAUACCAUUGGCGAGCUCGAUAAGGAGUUGGAAGACUGGAAAGACAGCAUUCCUAUUGACUUCCGGCCCGAACAUGAAAUUCAAGCUACCCACACCCCCUCAUCAUCCACGUUGUUUCGAUUGUCCAACUAUGCCAUUCAGGGAUUGAAUGCGCGGCCGUUGAACCCAAGGGUUUUCUUGUCGGCAGUCCUGUGCGUCACCGCCGCCAGAGCAUCGAUUAAUUUGAUCAAGUAUAUCCCGCAAGGUGACUUUGCUUGUGUUUGGCUGAUCCUAUACUACCCGGUGUCUGCCCUUGUCACUCUGUUCGCCAAUAUCCUUCAGAACCCGAACGAUGCUCGUGCUCGGUCCGAUGUCAAAUUAAUGAACGUGGUGGUCAACUUCCUGUCUACCUUAGUUUCGGAUGAAUCCAAUGGCAGCAUCAAGCGCAUGCUAGGCCUCUGUGGCGAGUUCGAGAGAAUCGCCAAAGUGGUCUUGGACAAAGCCGAAAAAGAGUCCCAUUCGCGAAAGAAACGCAAGAAUGCCGACGACUCUACAGCCGCGGCCGAUGAACAAUCGACAGCCUCGCCCUCCGCAAAACGUACACAAGUACCGCCCACCUCCGCAUCCUUCUCCUCCUCCAUCUUCACAGACCCUACGACCACAGCCCCUCCGCCCGACACGGAAACACCAUAUCCGGCAACUGCAAUGCCUCCAACCAGCGGCAUUUCUGCUGAUCUUCCAAGCAAUAUUCAUGCUAUGUCUGGCAUCGGGCAGGAGUUCUCAGACAUGCUGAGUCCUGAUCAAAUGGCUAAUGUUGGUUUCCCCGACCAACCUCCAUUCAGCACUGCUAGUCCCGGCAUGGUGCCAUUCCAGCAGCCAUUUGUUCCACAGGAUCUUUGGCAGAUGCCAAUGACGAUUGAAUGGGAUUGGGCGGACAUGUCCACGAACUUCCCUCCUUUUGAAGGAGCUGGUCCUGGUGGCCUGCAGUGA